AAAGCCUCCGCUACAGGUGCGCCAGAUACAUUUGAGCGACCUAUUCGUGAACUUUUUGUUUGGGCUCUUUUAAACGGGCGAUUUGAAAUGGCAAAAUAUCUUUGGUCCUUGGAGAAGGAAUCUAUCCCUUCUGCCCUUAUGGCCGCAAUGAUGCUGCGUCGUAUGGCUAAAAGUGUGGACGAUGAAACCGAUAAAGAAGAUCUUAUCUGCAAUGCCAGGUGA